AGAUCUUUCCAAUUUAUCCGGUAUUAAACCUUGAGUAUCAAAAGAACUCAAAAGCAGCAGAAGUUGCUGGACCUAAAAAAUAGAGCGACAAGACGAUUACUCGAAAUAAAAUGUACGUACAGUAAUGCACUUCUAUAGAAAUCGAGUAGAUACCUCAAACCCUGACUUUUCCUCUCUUGAUCUUACUCUUUGAAGCCAUAGUUUCUUCAGUCCUGGUGCGCUUGCUAUCUUGCGAUAAGUUCCAUUUCUGUUACGACUCUCGUCGAACACAUGCAUCCCCGUACGAAUUACAGAGUAUUCAGCACGUGUAGAAGCUAACCACCUCUACCCAUACUAACUUUUAGGGUCGUCGCGUGCUCAGUUUUACUCUUCAUUCCGACAACCUUCCUCGAAAGAGCUUUAUAACCGAUGUCUUUUUCAUUGUAUAGGCGAUAUGCAAGCUCUUGGUAUGGAAAGCGGUGCCAUUGCAGACUCACAAAUAGCUACUUCUUCAGAAUAUGACAUUAAUCACAGCCCCGAACGAGCGAGAUUGCAUACCAAGGACUGGACAGCUCCCGGAAUCGGACUAGGGCCUGGCGGCUGGACAAGUUUGGCACAGGAUUCGAACCAAUGGCUUCAAGUUGAUCUUGGUAAAAUCACGCCUGUAACACACGUGGCUACACAGGGAAGAAAUUUAUUCACUCCUGGACAGUGGGUAACCAAGUACAAGCUGCAGUUUAGCGACGAUGGAGCAUCAUUUUUGUUUUACAAAAGACAAGGAGAAUCUAUAGACGCGGUAAAUAGAAAUGAGUUCGAUGGCAAUACCGAUCACGACACCGUCGUCUAUCACCAACUAAAUCCACCAAUCACGGCACGCUUCGUACGGAUAAAGCCAACAACAUGGAAAAAUGCUAUCUCAAUGAGGAUGGAGCUCUACACUUAUCAAGGUACUUUAAUUAAGUGAUUGAUUUAUUAAUUUAUUGAAUAAAACAAAAUAAAUUCAUCUACCACUACCACCAUCGCCACCGCCACCGCCACCGCCACCGCC